AUGACGCCAAAGCAACCCAACGGAGAUUCGACAGAGGUCUUUCAUUUUAGUGAAGCUGAUGGCGAGCUCGAACACAUUCUCCCAGACGACUGUGUUUUCAUUGCCGGUGGAGGCCCUGUGGGCUUGACCUUGGCUGCAGCAUUGUCCUACUACGGCAUCAAAUGGCCCAAGAUGGAUCUGACGAAUCCUCGAUCUAUGGAGUUUUUCCGAAAGCUCGGCCUGGCAGAUUCGCUGCGUGAAAAGGGUGUGCCUUCAAAUAUACCCUAUCGCAGUACAUUUACUACCGGUAUCAAUGGCAAAAUGGUAACAGAGUGGAACUUUGGCACGGUCGACGAAUGGCGACAGAGAAUCCAGGAGCAAAAUGAUGGAGAACAGCCACUGGAGCCAUGGCUGCGGCUCUCUCAAAUUAUAUUCGAGGCUUGGUUGAGGGAGAUCAAUGACAAAGAUCCCUUGAUUGACCUCCGCUUCGGGUGGAAGGUGGAGGGUGCGCAAGAAACUGACGAGGGAAUCAUUGCGACUGCGACUGACAAGAACGGAAGGCUUCAUACAUUCAAAGCCAAAUAUGGCGUUGGAUGUGACGGUGGAUCCAGCAGAGUUCGUCGUGGCCUUGGAAUUCCACUCGUAGGGGGACCGGCGCCAGGAUACUCCAUCCUCGUCCACUUCACGUCGAAUGACACCAAGAACCUACACAGCCACGGCACAUUCUGGCACAACUAUGUCAUUUCCAAGCACGGAUUUAUUGGGGCUUUUAUUUCCCAAGACGAGAACGACACUUGGACCACCCAUUCCCACUAUCCCAUCACCAUGAAUACAGACCAUAUCACUCCCGAGGAAGCUGUUUCCCGGAUUUCAAGCGGUGAUGGAGAGCCUGUAUCGAUCGAUAUCGACAAAGUCUUGGUUCGUUCCACCUACCGGCCCAACCUUGUCGUGGCGACGCAAUACAUGGGACUCAAACGGCGACUCUUCAUUGCUGGGGACGCAGCACAUCAGAACGUCCCCACCGGAGGCUAUGGAAUGAACAUGGGACUAGGAGAUGCCUUUACGCUCGCGACGAAGCUGGAAGGCGUGAUCCAUGGCUAUGGAGGCGUCCAUCUCCUCGAUUCAUAUCAGCAGGAAAGGCGUCCCGUCGCUCUGAUGAGUGUCGAACGAGCGGGCUACCAUCUCCUCGUGCACCAGAGGAUGAACGAGAUGCUGGCCAAGAACGGUCCCGAACACCUCGACGCCGACUCGAAGGAGGGCGAGGAGCUGAGAAGAAAGAUACAUGAACACUAUCAGACCCACGAUGGCGAGAACCGAGACGUGGGGGUCGAGUUUGGAUAUCUCUACCACUCCAAGGUGAUAAUUCCAGAGGAUCCCGCCACCGAGCCUGAAUUCAACCCUAGGAAGUACACCCCUUCAACCUGGCCGGGAUCGCGUGCUCCACACGUCUUCCUGCGAGAUGGGACAGCCAUAUUUGACCUCUAUGGCACGCACUAUACUCUUGUCCAUUUCGCCGAAGGAGGCAACCAUGGCGCAGAUUUCCUUCUUAGCAGCGCAGCGGAGCACCGGUUCCCUCUCAAGCAUGUCGAACUGCGAGGAGAAGACCACGCGCGGAAGAUCUGGCAGAAAGACCUGGUCCUCGUCCGUCCAGACGGGCAUGUUGCAUGGAGGGGAGAUUCUAUCGGCAGCAAGGCUGAUGCUGACCAUAUCGUCCAAGUUGCAGUCGGCCUUCGUAGCGUGGUGAACGGUCCGCCCUUGGACACGGAUCUUGAAGAGGAGAAGCAACGCAAACCCUUCUCUGGGACGAACGAGCUCUUUGUGCAAUAUCCGGAUUACAAGCUAGCUAAGAAGGGACAGUUUCAAUGA